ACGAUAUUCAAGCUUCAGCUUCCGCUAAAUGCUGUAUGAAGACCAAUACGUCCGUGCAGAACUACGUGGCUAUGCGUUAUGAACGUAUCUUGUGUCCGUCGUAGACUCCAGAUUAACUUGGCCCUUUUAUGAUCUGGAGGGAGGGGCCCUAGCCAGAGAGAGAGCACCUCUCUGCCGGGUACGCUCGGUGAUUACAGAAACCAAUCAAGGGAAUACUACGGCGAACACAUCGUCUGAAACCUGACGAAAUUAGCAAUCGAUCGAUCAACAUCAGCCUUGAAAACAUUCAACUGAAGCAGCGGCUGAAUAUCACCAACAUGGAUGAUUUAAGUAUCGAUCAGAAAAGGCUGCCUGGCGUCAAAGAGGUGUGUCGGGACUUUGCUGUAUUAGAGGAUCACUGUCUAGCCCACAACCUUCAAGAACAGGAAAUUGAGAACCACCUGGCCUCCAACGUCCACAAAAGUCGUCUGGUUCAGCAGGACCUUCGGGUGGCCAAGCGUCUGCAGGAGGAGGAGGACCUGCGUGCCAAAGCUCAGAGUCGGCGACAGCACAAACACAUUGAGCGCAUUGACAAUGAAAUGGCACAGGAGAUGCAGGAGCAGCUGGUCUGGCAGGCUGAGCAGCAGAGGCAGCAAGAGGAGAGGGACGAGGCCAUUGCUCGUAAGCUGCAGGAGAGGGAGAUGAAAGAGGAACGGAAGAGACAGAAGCAGCUGGAGGCAAGCUUGGAGGAGCCGUACUACGAAGACAAAGCAGGACGAAUUACACGAGAAGAGUUCGGGAUGAAGGAAGCGACGCAAGGCUUGGCUCACAUGGACAUCCGACAACAGGAGUUCAGAGACAUGGAGGUGGCACGCAGGCUGCAGGAAGAGGAGAUGAAGGCAAGUCAGCUUGACAAACGAGCUGCUCAGGUUGCACAAGAUGAGGAAAUAGCUCGACGUUUGAUGGAUGAAGAAAAAAGGGAAUACAAGAGGUCUAGAGAGAAAGAGAAACAAGCAAUGGAGAGACAGCAAAAGCGAUCUGAGGGAGACUUAAAGCCCACAAAUGAGGACAUUGUGCGACCCAGAAUGCGGGAGGAACACGACCAUCAAAGAGCUCGGAAUCCCAAACCAGCCAGACCUCCUCCUUGCACCCAUAACUACGAGAAUGUGGAUCCUAGUUACAGCUAUUCAGAGAACUACUCCCCACGCCCACCUUCCAGACCCGAAGCUGCAUACAAAGGUGCCUACUAUAGACAGUGACCCAGGCCCCCUUCACUGUCCUGUCAUGGGUUGAGCUGUCUGCCUGUUUUCUUCAUGUUUCGAAGAUGGCCAUAAUGUGCUGACAAGGUUCCAAAAGGAAAAAGACUGACGCUUGCGUACUGAUCUUUAAACUGACCUUCAUGAGGCAUGUGGCUGAUUGUAGUAUACAUUGACUUUUUUUUUUCUUUCCCCCACGCUUGUUUGUUUUAAGAUUUGGAGGGGUGGGGGCUUUAAGGAUUUUUGAGAGGAAGGCUUUAACUGCAAGUUCUUUUGAAUCAUUCCUUUUAUAUCUGUGCAUUGCUACUCUUUCAUGCCCUUCCAAGAUGACACCCUCUCACACUGCAUCACUGCUGAAAAAUGAAGCAUUUUGUCUUUUUAAAAGUUGCCCCCUUUCUUGUAAGGGAACACUUUUUUUAAGUGAAGGAAAAUGGAAUCUUUUGCAAUGUUAUUUGAUUAGAUCCCAGUCUUUGUUAUUCAUCUCCAGUACCAUGAAGUACUCCUUACCUACCUUGAGGUUGACCUGAAGCUCACUUUCUGUUUUGAACCAGAUUGCCUUCUCUCUAAUUAAUGAAGGAUGAAUGGACUUGAUGUCGGUCGCUUCACUGGUUGCUUUUGGGGUUUUUUAGGUUUAUUUUUUGGCCUUUGAUUUUUGUGCAUUAUCAGUGUAUUAAAUCCACUGUUGUUCUGCAUCAAGUCCAAACUGGGGUGGCACAUGUACAGCCCUUGUUCUGGACGCAGCAGCACGGAAUGAAGGUAUGUGGAUCGAAAAACGGCUUUUGUCUCUCUUUAGUGUGGCAGUUUGUUGUCUCUCCAUGUGCAUGCUGCUGAGGCUCAAGUGCCCAAUACUAACUCCUAGUGCAUAUUUGGAGAUUUUCAUAUAGAUAAUGACAACACAUCACAGCCUUUAUUUUAACUUAUUUUUAAUUUAUUUUUUUUUAAGUUAAAUGCAAAUGAGCACAUUUAGAUACAUAAUUUAUUUUUGGAACAUUACAUUAGGCUGCACAGACUGGUAUAACUCCUUUUUAAUGCAGCAAAUGCAUUUACUUCCAUAUUCAAAACCUUUCAGUGAUGCAGCUACCACAUUGACACCAUGUAGCUCAGUACCCAUCUCUGUUCCAUCUUUUAAACAUCUCCCCUGCUCACUCUUUGGAACACAACUCUACCUUGGAACAGGUAGCUCAAAUAUGCCUGCAAAGAUGAAUACCACUAAAACUGAGAAAGAAGCAAGUUAUUUAAUGCUUGCAAUGGUUUUCUUCUUCUUGCCCCCCUUCCACAUAGUAGUUUCAUUACCAUUGCUGCAGAUAUUCCAAACCUGUCUCAGCCAUACACAGGGAUUAUGUCCAUCUGUAUUUAUAAGUCAGGAUCCACCCACACUCUGCAUUGAAGAAAGUAUGUGAUUAUGUGGACUAUAUGUAGCCUCCUGUACAACUGAAAGAUGAGCAUCAGUUACUCUGCUUUGGUAUUGCAUUAGUGCCUAUAAUAGACCAAUGUUCAAUGGCCAGGACUGUAUGCUUCCAUCAUAUAUUUAUAAAAAUGAAAAUAUACUCGUCUGUCAUUGUGUGAAUUCUCAUCUGAAUGGUGUGGUCUGAAAACAGAAAAAUUGAAGGGAAACGUUCUGGUUAUUGCCUAGCUGCUGUGCUUAAACAAUGUUUAUUUAGUAUUAUCCAACAGAUAUUCUUGUUGAACUGCAUUCAAGCAAGAAUUCUGUUUAUUUAUGUAUUCUUUGAUUCUGCAUAUCAGGAUAUGGGGGUCCAGGGACUAGCUGAGAUGGCUGUUGUCUGCUCUUUGCUUUCUGUCAGGAAGUGGAAGUGCAUUCAUUUACUGCGCUUUAAGGUUUGACAGGAAUAUUGUGUUUUAAUUAUGGAAGUAAUUGGCCGUCUGGGCCCUGUGCCAACAACUUUCAGGGAUAGGAAGUAUUGCUGUAAAAUAACGUUCAUAUACAUACUGUCAGCAUUUUCAUCUUCUGUACACAAGGAGUCCGGUUUACAUAUGUCUUUUAUACAAAGCUACAACAGAAGGGGCAAAUGGCCUCAAAUGUGCAUGUAAACUUAUGUUCAAAGGGAGCAGGUCACUUCCAUGCCCACAACUGUUCUACAAUCAGCUGCUGUGUAUGUCUUGUGAUGAGUGUAUCUUGCACAUUCUUUCAUAGCUUUCACUGGCCAAUUGAGUAUAACUAUGUAAAUAAAUAAAUGACUUUUAAAUAA